CUUAAGUGUUAAAAAUACUGGACAUAUUAUACAAUGCAAAAUACAAGGCAAAUUAUGGAACUCAGUCCAUGUGAAUACAAGUUGAAGAAUUCGUCACAUGAAGAAGUAUUCCUAACGUUCCAAUCCUUACUUGAAAAUAAGGUUUUAUGUGAUAUUAAACUAGUAACAGAAGACGAUAACUUUAUAUUUUGCCAUAAAGUGGUUCUAGCAUCAACUUCUUCAUAUUUUCAUGCAAUGUUCACACAAUUUGCAGAAAAGAAUCUAAAUAGUGUUGUUAUUAAACAGUUAGAUUUUACUGACUUACAGCUCAUAAUACAGUAUUUAUAUUUUGGUGAAAUAAAAAUCUCUGAAAAAAAUGUAAAGGGUUUGUUACAAGCAGCUAAUCUUUUGCAGUUACAAAAAGUAGAAGAGGCAUGUUGUAUAUUUUUAUAUGCACAAUUGGUCCUUACUAAUUGUUGUAGUAUAAAUGCGUUAGCUGAUUUAUAUGGGUGUACGGAAUUGAAAAAUAUCUCUGAAUUAUACAUUGGACAUUACUUUUCGCAAAUAGUAGAAAGAGAAGAAUUCUUAUUUAUGUCGUUGGAAGAAAUAGUUAAUUUGAUCACCAGUGAAGAAAUUGUAGUUCUAUCGGAAGCAAAAGUAUUUGAAUGUGUUAUUCUAUGGGUUAAACAUGAUUUAGAAUCCAGAAACCAUUUUCUGCCCCAAUUAAUGGAACACGUACGAUUGCCAUUAAUACCAAACAAAUACAUAUUCAAAAAUGUAGUUGGGGAAUCUCUUAUUAAUAAUUGUUUAAAAUGUAAAGAUUACGUAAAUGAAGCAUUACAUUUUCAUUCACUUAAGUCAGAUGAUUUUGUCACUAUUCCAAAUAACAUCCGAACAAAACCAAGACAGCGUGGUGAUUCUCAUAAAGGCAUUUUAGUUGUUGGUGGAAUGUGGAAAAGUGAAGCCAUGUCUAGUGGUACAGAAUGGUAUGACCCUACAUUCAACCAAUGGCAGUCUGUACCACAACUGAAUACACUACGUCUUAGUGGUGGUCUAGCUGUAAUAAAAAAUAAUUUUGUGUUUUAUAUGGGUGGUUAUAAUUCUAAAGGAACUUAUAAAUCUCUUGACAUAUUAGACUUAUCAUCGACAUGUCCUACCUGGAAAACAUCUGUUGAUAUGUUAGUAACACGACGACAUUUAGGUGUUGGUACAAUAAAUAAUUAUAUAUAUGCAGUUGGCGGCUGUGAUGGUUAUAGUUGUUUAAAUAGUGCCGAAGUUUUCGACUGCACUACUCAAGAAUGGCGUAUGGUAUCUAGUAUGUCUACUAGAAGAAAUUUUGUUGGGGUUGGAGUACUAAAUAAUCUCUUAUAUGCGGUUGGAGGUUAUGAUUCAAAGGAUACAUUAAACUCUGUUGAAUGUUAUAAUCCCUGUCUUGAUAAAUGGACACCAGUCGCGGAAAUGCGUGAACGUCGCUGUUCUAUGGGGGUUGGAGUUAUAGAUGAUGUACUUUAUGCUGUUGGCGGUCAAAAUGGAUUAAUUAGUUUGAGAAGUGUUGAAGCAUACAGACCAAGUACAGGUGUUUGGACUACUAUUCCCCAAAUGCAUUAUCGUCGAUGUCAUGCAGGAGUAGCUGUAUUAGAAGGUGUAUUGUUUGUUGUUGGUGGAUUUGACGGAGCUUCUAAAUUGAAUUCUGCAGAAUUUUACAGGCCCAACACUAACUCCUGGACCAUGGUCCCAGCACCAAUGAAUGCUUCACAAAUUUAUCUUGGAGCAGUAACCAUUGAUAAUCCACGAUAUUUUAAAACUUUUCAUUCAUGA